UUGUGCCUUUAGUGAACAGUGCUUUGCAUGAGCAGCCCUUGGAAUUUUUUUACGUUGGCCAUAAAACUGCUGACGUGAGAUACAUUUCAACUGAUUUGCGUCAGCAAUUUUUUUUAGUGAAAUUUUUCAGCUUGUAAUAUCCUUCGUCAUUCAUGUUUUAUUAGAGGUAGACCUCUCAUAAUUUCGAUGCAUUGAUCUCCUAAGACGGUGAUAGGUCGGACUGACUUGUGGCAUGGUUCCAAAUGGUCUUCCGUCUUUCGUUCGAGUCUCAGUGUAAUACACUAGCCGUGCAUAAGAGUGUCAGCAUGAAGUUGUGAACAAUAGAAGAAAAAUGAAACCAAAUGAUAAUACUGAAGCCAACUUAGAUGCCAUAAAGACAAUACUUAACGGUCUGCAUCAGUCAGAUCAAAAUGUUUAUGAAGAAGAACAAUUAAAGUUUAUUGAAAAAAUUUUGGAUAAUCAAAUCAUAAAAGAUCUAAUCAAGGUACAUGAAAAACUUUUGUCUACGAAAGAACACACAACAAAGAAGAAUUGUAUUGAGCUUUGCAAAGAAAUUUUAAAGUGUUUAGAAGAGAAUGCCUCUGAUGAAAAGUGUACAGAGUUGGCUAAAAUAAUAAAAAGCCCUUACAUCAGGUGUUUAAUUGAAGCUCAUGAUAAUAUAGUAUAUGAAACAUACAAAGUAUUACCAAUGUUGCCACCCGAAGAAACAUCACAGAAAUCACUUGAUGGUGGUGGGCCACCUAUUCGUGUUGUUGGUUUGAGUGUGAACCCCAAGAAGCCAUUGGGAAUCACUCUUGCCAAACAUCCAGAUAAUUGCAUUUAUAUUCAACGAAUCUUACUUGGAACAAUGGUUGAAAAACAAGGUUUAUUAAAUGUUGGUGAUGUGCUACAAGAAAUAAACGGUGCAAAAGUUGGUGAGGACCCUGUCGAAGUUCAAAAACAACUGAAUUCUGCUGAUGGAGAUUUAACAUUGAAGGUUAUUCCUGCUUUUAAAGAUUCGCGUGGACUAUGUCAAGUUCAUCUAAGAUGCCAUUUUGACUACAAUCCCAGUAAAGACAAUCUGUUUCCAAAAUCUGAGAUAGGAUUAGCUUUCAAGUGUGGAGAUAUUUUAGAAGUGAAGGAUCAAUCUGAGCCUGACUGGUGGCAGGCUACUCACUAUAAUGACAAUACCAAUACCGGACUUGUACCCAGUUUACAAUUUGAGCAAAGACGAAAAGCAUCGAGCACAAAGAAAGUGGAUGAACAUAAAUCUGGUGGAGCGUUUAAGAAGAAGAAAAAGUUUAUUUAUCGCACCAGUGAAAAUAAAAUUUUGGAUUUUCUUGACACAAAGCUUUAUGAAGAAGUGACGAGAAUGCCACCUAUGGAAAGAAAAGUUAUUGUUUUAAUUGGAGCGCAAGGUAUCGGAAGACGCACAUUAAAAAAUCGCUUGAUAGCUAGUUAUCCUGAUCGUUACGCAGAUGUUACUAGAGAUACAAGUCGUUCACCAAGAGAAGGUGAAGUGUCUGGUCGUGGGUACAAUUUUCGGCAGCCUGAAGAAAUGAAAGCAGAUGUACUGUCUGGAAAGUAUUUGGAAUGGGGUGAGAAUGGCGGCGUGUACUAUGGCACACGAUUGAACGAAAUUCGAGAUAUCAUCAAUAAUGGUAAAACUUGUGUGAUAGACACAGACCCAUCGGCAUUGAAGUUAUUACACACCGCAGAGUUUAUGCCGCUCAUUGUUUUCAUCGAUGCACCGAAGCUUGAAGUACUUAUGAAGAAUAACCAAAAAGGUGGAGAUCGUAAGCCGCCUUCAGCUGAAGAAAUGAAAGAGAUUAUCCGCGAGAGUUCUUCAAUUAGCGAAAAUUACCAUCAUUAUUUCGACAUGCGAAUUAUCAAUGACGAUUUCGACAAGACGUACGACACGCUGAGAGAACACAUAGAAAUAUCAUCUUCUGAACCGCAGUGGGUGCCAGUUCAUUGGGUAUAUUAGAUAUUUUAUGCUAAUUUAUUUUUCAGAUUGCCAAUAAGGAUUUAUAAUUGGGCGCACACAUAAUUUAUUCCAAAAAGCUUGCUUAUUUAUUGUGACAACGUUAGAUUAGUGUAAACUAGCUUUUAUGUAGCCUACACAGGGUUCAAAGCAUCUUGAAGUCAGGUCAUACACUUUAGUAAUGUCAGGAAAAUAUUUUUCAUUGGAUUGUCAGGGCAAGUUGCGGGUGACUUUUCUGAAAUUCCCUUUUCGAAAUUCUCGUGUUAUUGAAGAGAGAUAAAUUUGCCAUAUCUGAUUAAGUUAUCUAUUUGUUCUGAUACUGGCAAAGGGAUAUUUUGUUCAUAUUCAGUUUAAAUAUUAAGUUCUUAUUGUGAUGCGGGUAUGCAGAUAACAAACUCUAGCUUCGCGACGUCAGGAAAAAAAGUAUACUCUGAAUCCUACUGGACCGGGUAAAAUGAUUUACAUGUCACUUCGUCAGGAAAGUCAGCAAACAUUUGUUUGGAUAAACGCUAUGAAUACUUACUUCGAUGUAACAGUAAACCAUCCUAGUAAUUUAAGGAAGCAUCAAGGACUUAGCAUUUAUCUUCAAGGGCGUUUUUAAACACUGUACGUUACACAUUUUUUUAAUGUUACACUCAGAUUGUGUACUGUCAACUAUAAAUUAGCGAAAAUUUUUAAGUUAACUCGCAGAAAAACAAUCAUAUCUUGGGUUGUUUCAUUUUUUACCCACUACAGAUGAAGCAUUGUUUACGUGUAUAAAAUUUUUUGUCGAGUGUAUAACGUCUAGUUUUUAUUUAUACGACUUUUAGCAUGUAAAAACAUAAAAAAAAAAUUUUUGAAAGUGAAGAUUUCAGAAUUUCUUAUCA